AUGGCCAUGAUCAGGGCGAAGUGGUUCCUGACGGGCGUGCCGGUGGGGUUCUGGUGGGGGUGGAAGAAGAGCAGCGAGUGGGAGCUGGAGGCGAUGGUGGAGUCGGUGCUGCCGCGCCCGGUGGCGAGGCACGUCGUCGACCUCCUGCCCAAGGCCACCGCCGACGCUCGCCACAAGGCGCGGCUGGAGGAGUCCAUCCGGGAGAACGCCCGCAAGCAGGAGGAGACCAUCCGGAGGCAGGGCGAGGCCCUGAGGAGGAUGGAGGCCACCGCGAUGAGGCAGGAGCAGACCAUCGGCCUGCUGCACGCCGUCAUCGCGCGCCUGCAGGAAGCAGAAGACCAGCGUCUCCUGCAGAAGCAGGGCCCGACGACGGCCACCCCAGCGCCGCCGCCGCCGCCGAAGCAGCAGUAG